AUGGAGCCACAACCAAAUGUAUAUAGAAAAAUGCUAGCUGCAGCCAUUUCUAGUAUGCUACUAGAACAGGGUUACGAUUCAGUGGAAAGGGAGGCUUUAGGAACCCUUACAGAAAUGAUGCAAGCUUUCAUAACAGAGACUGCAUCUCUCAGCAAAAAUUAUUGUGAGCUAGCUGGUAGAGUGGAACCAGUUAUAGCAGAUGUCAUUCUCGGAUUUGUUGAAAUGGGUUUCAACUUCAACUCACUGGAAUCAUAUUACCGCACUGUGAAGCAUAGUGCAGUAUUACCACCACUACAGCAACAGCAGUCUCAGAAACAGCUUAGUAUGUUGGCAGCUGGAUCAAAGCAACCACUUCCUUCACAUAUUCCCCAACAUUUGCCCCAGUUCCCUGACCCACAUGCUUAUGUCAGAACACCAACUCACAAACAACCUGUGAUAGACUAUGAAUCAGUGAGAGAAAAAGCAGCCAUCCAAAAACGAGAUAUGGAAAAAGCUCUGACUAAGUUUUUGGCAAAAACUAGCCAAACACAUAAUUUGUUUGACACUGAUGAAGCAAAUAUUUUCCCAUUAAUAGCCUGUAAGCCAGUUUAUCCCCCCUAUCUGAGUGCUCUGCUACCCCAAGAUCAAAUUUUUGAUCCUGAAGACCUAGAUUUUGACCCCAAGAGUCAAAUCAUCCAGCAACAGAAGAACCAUGAUAGGGCUAAAAAGAAGAUCAAAGCUGAGAUCAAAACAGAGCCAGGUGAAGAGGUUGAACAGGAAGUGGAUCACAAUGAGUCAAAAAACAGUGAGGACAAUCAGGGGGGCCUCAUUGAUAAUCCCUAUUUGGCAGCCACUAAGAUGCCUGGAGUGAUGGAAAUCAGUUGA